GCCGCCGCCGCCGCCGCCGCCGCCGUGCGUCUCGGAUCUCCCGGCCGCCGCUACCGCCGCCGCCGCCGCCGCCGCCGCCUCAGAUCCUGGAGCCAGGAGCGACGUCACCGCCAUGGCCGGCAUCAAAGCUUUGAUUAGUUUAUCCUUUGGAGGAGCAAUUGGGCUGAUGUUUUUGAUGCUUGGAUGUGCCCUUCCAAUAUACAACCAAUACUGGCCUCUCUUUGUUCUGUUUUUUUACAUCCUUUCACCUAUUCCAUACUGCAUAGCAAGAAGAUUAGUGGAUGAUACAGAUGCUAUGAGUAAUGCUUGUAAGGAACUUGCCAUAUUUCUUACAACAGGCAUUGUUGUCUCAGCUUUUGGGCUCCCUAUUGUAUUUGCCAGAGCACAUCUGAUUGAGUGGGGAGCUUGUGCACUUGUUCUCACAGGAAACACAGUCAUAUUUGCAACUAUCCUGGGCUUUUUCUUGGUCUUUGGAAGCAAUGAUGACUUCAGCUGGCAGCAGUGGUGAAGGAACUACUGAACUAUUGUCAAAUGGACUUCUUGUCAUUUGUCGGCCAUCCGCGCGCACAGGAGAUGGGGCAGGGAUGCUGAGUGGCACAGCAAGCCUCUUGGGGGUGUUCUCAGUGCUCCCCUCUCACUUUUAUUGUAAGCAUACUAUUUUCACAGAGACUUGCUGAAGGAUUAAAAGGAUUUUCUCUUUUGGAAAA